AUGCACACUUCCAAUUCAUUCUUCUCGGUAGCUCUAUGGCUCGCCUUCGCCAGCACGCCAAGUGUUGCUGGACCAAGCUGUGGGACAUCGACUACCCAACUACAGCAUUGGCCCGCUGACGCUGCAGCAAAGCUUAAUGCCAUGAUUGCAAAGAAUGCCAACCAAAGCAACUAUGCAGUCUUCGACAUGGACAACACUAGCUACCGCUACGAUCUCGAAGAAUCCCUACUGCCAUUUCUUGAGAACCGCGGUAUCCUGACGCGCGAGAAGAUGGACCCAAGUCUGAAAUUGAUCGACUUCAAGGACACAGCCAACUUCACAGAAUCACUUUACAGUUAUUAUAACCGCCUUUGUGAAGUAGAUGAUUUAGUGUGUUACCCGUGGGUCGCACAGAUCUGGUCAGGAUUUUCCCUACGCGACCUCAAAGGCUAUGUGGACGAGCUCAUGGCAUACAAUUCGACACUCCCAGUAAAGUACUGGGAUGGCGACAACAUCACCGAAAGCACCGUAAACACCCCCAAGGUCUUUCGUGGCCAAGCUGAGCUCUACAAUGCGCUGAUGGACAAUGGCAUCGCCGUCUACGUCAUCAGCGCUGCCCAUGAGGAGCUCGUCCGCUUCGUGGCCAGUGACCCCAAGUACGGAUACAACGUGCCCCCUCAGAAUGUGAUUGGCGUGACGACUAUGCUGAAAAAUGUCACCUCUGGCGACCUUACCAAUGCCCGCAAGCAAAUCACCGAAGGCAUCUACGACUACGAAGCCAACCUCGACCUCGUCAUGACUCCCUACCUCUGGACACCUGCUACCUGGUUCGCUGGCAAAUGGGCGGCUAUCCUGACGUACAUUGAUGAGUGGAAGAUACCCAUCUUCGCUGCUGGUGACACCCCCGGAAGCGACUCGUUUAUGCUGUUCCAUGGCGUAGAUACGGCCAAGGGCGGAGUCCACUUGUGGAUCAACAGGCGUGACGCUUAUUUGGAGCGUAUCCAGGGCGAGAUCAAGAACAAUACCGCUGCGCAAAUAGCUAAUGGAAGGGAGGUGACAGCGGACAAGAACUGGAUCUUUGUCAAGCCAGCGGAUAUUCUAUAG